AUGGUCGUCACUGUUGGUGACGUCGUCAACGCCACUUGGAGCCCUCCACCCGCAGCAUGGCUAAACUUCACCAACUGCUCUGCAGCAGCCGCCUGGCUUGCUGCAUAUGGCCAACUUUAUGAGGACGAGGGCUCGCUGUGGGAUGGUGUGUCUUUUGAUAUCGUGAUUGGCUAUCUGGGGUCCAUGAUACCGAGGAAUUGGACGAAACCAACAGAUGCGAACCUUUUGGUUUGGUACCAUGAGAAGAAUUACUUUCGUGAUAACAAUGCACUUCUCAUGGAUAUGAUCAACUUCCCAUUGUCAAAGUGCAGUGCUCAGGUCUGCCCAAAGCUCCAGUGGGAAGGUGAUCCAGAUCUCACAGGCGUCGGAGCCAUGUUGUCUUAUUACAUGCUAGCCAUCUUUGCAACUUUAUACUUUGUCGUUCUAUUCAAGGAUAGCCUCAGGGACUACUCCGGAGUAGCUGUGCCCGCAGGACGGAGAGAGGGAUACACGAUCCUCAUCAACUGCUUCCGGAAGUCCCUGAAUACCUUCCAAGACGCCGUCCUCCUCUUCGCCAUAUCAGUAAACAUCGCCUCCAUCACGCGCUGGGCAGCACCGAUAGUCCACCCGCACGAGCCGCACGCCUUCUACGGCCUCCUCAACGCAAACUUCAUGUCCUCCUUCUCCAUCUUCCCGGCGCUGGCGCUGCAGUCGCUGUCCCCGGGGCUGCGCAGGAAGCGCAUCCGCCUGUUCCUCUGGUUCCUCGUCAUCAUCUUCGCCCUGACGGUCGAGGUCCUCUACCGCUACGUCUACGGCGCCUACUUCCAGUUCCUGUGGAACCAGGACACGAUGGUGUCCGAGGACAUCUGGCUGGCAAAGUGCGACUCGCACAAGAUGCGCGCCAUCCUCGCCUCCAUGACGACGGCGGGCCACGUGUUCCUCGCGCUCAACUGCCUCCGCUGGCUGUACCACGCCACCGCCACGUUCCGCCGCGACGCCCUCGAGAAGCUCAAGGACGGGCGGGUCGACUACUCGGGCGCGGGGCCCUGGCGCCGCCGGUGGGAGGCGUCGCAGCCCUACCUGCGGCUGAUCGACGGCGCCGUCUGCGGGCUGUUCAUGUGGACCUUCCUGUUCCUCUUCACCGCGUACAGGGAGGCGGUCAAGCAGAAGGCGGGCGAGUCGGACCAGGACGCGGAGUGGACGUUUGGGCAGGUCCUCUCGCUGGUCACAUGGGCGCCCGUGGCGCUUGAGCUCAUCACUGUCUAUCUUUGCCCGGCCAUGGCCUCGGCUGCCCGUGACGCCGAGGAAGAGCCACUUCAAUUAGCCCCCGGGGACAUUUCUGGCCGCCCUAGAAUUCUACACUGUUAA